AUGUGGUUCGGGAAGCUGACGUGGGGCGGCCUGAGCUCUGUCGGGGUAAUGCUGCGUGUGCUGUGGAUAGACCUGUCCAGGGGGUUGAAGAUUUGGGGACUGUGUUGCCGGGCUGAGGAGUGGUCUGAGGAGGGGUGGAUCUGGACACGGAUGAUCCUCUCUGGGCCUGAACAUUUCCAUAUCGCCACAAGGAAAAAAAAAAAGUUUGUUGGUGGCUGGGUUUGCUGCACUGGGUGUGGUGACGGCAAAAGGUGUGGACAGUAG